UGCAUAACAGCAUUGUACAUGUAUAUAAAGGAAAGGAAGGCCCGUUCAGCACAUUGUCAUCAUGUUCCUACAGUCAACCUUACUUUCACUGUGCGCCACGGCAGCACUGUGGGGAGUAGUUUACACCGUCGUUGAUGAUGUUGCAGUGGACGCUGUCAUAAACGCUGGGAUGGGAUGUCACCAGACACCUGGGUUAGCUGUGGCAGUGGUGAAAAAUGGCAAUGUCGUCAUGUCGCGGGGGUUCGGUGUUAGCAACAUCGCCGCAGCAACGCCCGUCACUAACACAACGUUAUUUGGAAUAGCGUCGUUGUCUAAAGCGUUCACCACCACGUUGCUCAGUAAAAUACUCAAAGACCGCACAAGGUUUUUCAUCAACACGAAUGUGUACAAGAUCCUGGGUCGGUACAAGUUCAACAACACCCUGCGGUCUGUGUACGCCACAGUGGAGGACUUGAUGGCGCACAGGAUGGGCAUCCCCAGGAACAACUACCUCCGGCUGGACGACACCCUCACUCGGGACAACCUCCUCAGCCGGGUGAAGUACCUCCCCAGUGUCGGCGGCUUCAGAGACAGCUUCUACUACAGCGACCUCAUGUACGGACUGCUGACCCACAUCACGGAGUUCCUCACAAAGAAGGCUUGGGAGGACAGCAUGACCGACAUCAUAUUCAAGCCCUUACACAUGGACUCCACCACAUUUGGAACUCGAGUGGACUACAGUGCACCAAAUAUGGCAACGCCUUAUUCUGAACAGAGUAGCAAGCUUGUUGUGCCAUCGUCUCAAUUUAUCCGUCACUGGGCAAAGCUGGGUGGAUCUGGGUCGGUGGUCAGUACCGCAGACGACAUGGCCAAGUGGAUGUUGUUCCAUCUGAGUGGCGGGAAAAACCGCGAGGGCAACCAAGUGGUGGCGGAAGAUCUGCUAAAGGAAACAUACAAACCCAGGAACGCUAUCUCCGGUGGUUCAAUAAACACCUACUUCAGCAGACCGAAGACACCAGUUACAAUGAGCAACAACGGUUACGGCCUUGGAUGGAAGAGCGGAUAUUACAGAGGAAUACCAAUGGUACAGCAUUCAGGCAGCACAUUCGGAUACCGGAGUUUCCUGACUCUCCUCCCAGACAAGAACCUGGGUGUGUUCGUGACGAUGACGGGUUACGACCCAGACUACUGGUUCAGGGGGUCGCUCAGCGCCUACCUGAUGGACGUGUACCUGGGGGAGGCGCCCUGGAUCAACACCAGCACCAUCUGCUCCUUCCCCGACCCCUGGCGCACAUCUAGUACACGGAGACGUUCUAGACCCCGUAAAGGCUCUGGUAGAAGGUUGACUAGGAGGAGGCGGGCCACAUCUCACACUGCUAACCUAGCCCUCCAGGCGUACAGCGGAACGUUCAGAAACGAAGCCUACGGGAACAUCAUCAUCCACUACGACAGCGCGUCCCACGAGUUGAAGGCCACAUAUGGUAUCGCCAGCUGGGUCCUCGCGUCACGUGGAGGGGACACUUUCAGAGCUACCUGGGACAAACCCGCUCCCAUUCUCAAUUUUAAUUUCGUUUUCAAGACAUCCAGUGGCCAUGCUUAUGCACUCAUUCCAAGUUUUGAGCAUAGCUCUCCUCCUGUAUUCUAUCGAACUGGUGGCAGUGACCCCAUUAUUGGGUGACCUGUUACUGCUCCCAAUAAACAGUGUUACUUAUCAACUGUGUCAGCUGUUA